AUGUAUGAUCCCGCCAAAGAUAUGCCUUUGAAACGGAAGAUGUCAUCACAAGCUCUACUUCCCAAAGUCUGCUUCUCACACUUGAUAACCCUGCAUUUGUUGGUGCAGUUGACUAAUAGUUUGCACAGUGUCUGUUUCACUUACGUAGUAUUUGCACCUGUCAUUGAACUAGCUAAAACUGUCCCUGCCCUUUGGCACCAGUUUUCCCCAAGGAGCUCUGUGUUUUUAAAUGUUCAUCUCACCAUAACAGUGAGAGCCACUCAGCUGACCUUCAGCACUUGCCUGAGAUUUUCAAUGCCCUUGUGGGUGAAUGGAGAGUUGCUGUGUUUCAUUCCCAGAAGAAAUGGGAAGGAUAACUUUCUGAAUGUCCUUGGUAUUGAAGAGUUGAUUGAGGCACACUUUGGCGGUCGCAGCAGAAGGGCCAUCCUUUUCAGGUCCCCUUCACACAGCAGAGCAGAGCUUCAGACCCUCCAGCACCUUCUUGAUCAGCAUGGCUAUAGUGUUGUCAUUGCUGAAGAAAGACUUGGUGCUGGCCUAGGUCUGAAGCUGUUGGACCAAGUUCAGAAUAGUGAUUUGAACUCCUGGGAUCUGUUCAUUUGCCUGCCUUCCAGGGAAGCUGAUGGGAAACCCUGCAUAGCCAGGGAACACAUGUGUCGACUAAGUCUACAUCAAAAGAUAAAUGCAUUACCAGAAAUACAGUCUCAGCUUUGCAGAAAAGAAGUCUUGUGUCAAAUGAUCAGAAGAUUUCCAGAACUGAGACUUCCAGUGAGUCCCUCUGUGUGCCUGAAUCAGGGAACGCAGUCACAGCUGAGAGAUUCCAGUCACCUCCCAAAAGAAGUCAAGCCACAGAUGUGGAAACCACAGGACUGGCGAGGCGAACAAUUGAAUCAUACUACAGUCCUUGCUCCACGUGAAGCAAUCCUCAGAGCAGAAGAGCUAUCUGUGAUUCUUAAAGCCUACGUGUUGGUGACCUCCUUAAGGCCUUUGCGUGCGUUCAUUCAUUCAACUGGCACUGUGUGGAGCCCACCAAGAAAGAAACGCUUCACUGUCAAGGUAAAGAUCCGACUGAAGCUGUUAUUUCACACAGUUCGCCGAGGAUAA